AUGCAGCAUCUACCCGCUAUUCUACUUAGUCUGCAUCUUGUCUACGAGAAUGAAAAACUUGAUGUGCUGUCGCGGCCACAGUUGAAACCUCUUGCUGCUGUCAACCAUAUACUAGCCAGGUACCUCGAAUUGUCCUCCUUUCUGGAGUACUACGACGCGGAUGGUCUCUCAAAUCUGUCGGCCAAACAGGUGACCAGCCUCCCCGUCUGUCCACCCGCU